AUGGCCUCCGUCGCGGCGCCUGACAAGCGCCGGCGCAAGAAGCCGCGGCCGCCGGCGGCGAUGGCCCCGCCGCCGUUGCCGCUGCUGCCGCUCAUGGACUCGGCGCGCAGCAGCGACUUCCCCACGGGCGGCUCGUCCGAGUCCUCCGUGGUGCCGGAGCUGCCCGCGCCCUUCGACCUCUCGAGCAGCACGGCCAGCGCCAGCAGCUCUAGCCGCAGCGUCAAGUGGUGGAAGCGCGUGACGUCCAUGCGCCCCAAGAGGCGGCGCAGCGGCAGCCACGAGCGCGGCCCGAGCCUCGACCAGGAGCUGUACGUGCGCAGCAUCCUCGAGUCCUACGCGUCGUCCAUGAGCUCCAACAACCCGCAGCUCUCGACGGACGAGGGCAGCGUCAACACGACCACGAGCAGCAGCAGGAAGGGCGGAGGCGACCAGCGCGCAGACGACAGGGACUCGGACUCCCCCGCGUACAUGGCGCACUUCACGCCCAAUGGAGACACAGCGCAGGACGAACACCGCGUGGAUAUGGACAGCCACACCCACGUGCACUUGACGGCGGGGGUGCCCGGGCUGAGCAGCGGCUCCAGUCCGGGGCCUUAUGACGACGCGGGUCUGGACGACGGGCCUUUCGCUCCGAGCUCAGUUAGCGACGAGGAAGACAGGAACAAGAGGCGACUGCGCCGCCGCAUGAAGAUCGAGGCCAUGCGCGCUAGAUUGUUAGAGAAGAAUCAGCACCGAGCGAGGGCGCGCAAGAAGAUGUGCAUCUUCAUCGCGUGUAUCGGCGUCACGCUCACGGCGUUCGUGGUAGCGGCGAUAUUGAUUGCCCGCGUGGGGGUGGAGAUUCAGACCAACUCGCUGGAAAGCAGUACAAACACAACGGUGGCCAACAGCACCAGCAGCAAUUCAUCGUGGUCUUCGUCGGGAUCGGACAAAGGCAUCAGCGUGUAUACAGACACGUACACUUACAUCCACUGCAUCCUGAUGGUGCUAUCGUUGUGGAUGUCACUCGUCGUGGUGAUCAUGCACGUGACGUUCCGAAGUUUCCGUACGUACUCACAUCCGUUCGUGUUGGAGUUGAGUUGCGUGCAAUGUGGGUAUUGGAUCACGUCCCUACUUCGCGUGAUGCUGGAGACAUCGGCCUUGACGGACAUGGCCUACCUCUUCUUCUGUAUGUUCGAGUGUUUCUUCAACUUCGCGCAGAUCUCGUUCACGUGUGCCAUCGCAUUCAACAUGUAUCGGUCUGUGGUAUCGUACGCAGAUGUGCUGAUGGAUUCGCAAAGUGCUAAGCGCCGAUAUCGUCGGUACACUGCGAAUGUGUUACUAUUGUCGGUAGUGGCGGCGGUCACGUUGGCGCUGGUGGGCUAUCGGUCUGGAGACACGUACGAUUAUUACGAGGAGGAAGACUCUUCAUCCGGAUCGGAGAUUGUGGAUGACGAGGACACGUUCUCACCGUGCCUUUAUCCGACUUGCCGCCUCAUCCUGUACGUGUACUACCCGUUGUUGGCGUUCGGCUUCAACUUCAUCUUCUACGUGCGGUUUAAGCGCACCAUUGGUGAAUCGUACCCGACAUCAGCUACCGGAAGGCUCAACAAGGUGGCGCGGUCGUACCUGAUUGUGUUCUUUGUGUGCUGGGGAAGCCUCAUUAUUCUGACGGCACUCAAGGUGGCCGACUCCUCCCAGGUUCCAACAAUCGCAGCGUUCGUGAUGCAGUCGAUAUUCGACAUUCUGGGCGUAUGUACAGCCGCGAUCACUUUCACAAAUUUCCACCGGUGUCGGAAGGCAUUCGACUUCGGGUUAUCACUCAAAGCCAUCGAUCCCAGCAGUAUCGAGUUCGACGAUCCGGUGAACAUCGUCGGUGAAGGUACCUUCGCUAUCGUGCUGAAGGCAAGGUGGCGGCAGGGAGGAUACAUUGAUGGCGCUGCAUCGAGGUCGAUCGAGGUUGCUGUCAAGACGUUCAAGCACGCUCAGAUGGAGUGCCUGGAACACAUCAAGGAGGAGGCAUACCUGUCGUCGAAACUGGUGCACCCAUGUGUGAUGAUGACCUACGGUUGCUACACCAGCGGCAUCAAUCUCUACAUUGUGUACGAGUAUCUCGGCGGUGGCACGUUGCAAGACCUGAUCGACGCCAACCGCAGUACGCCAUUUUCGUAUGAACGGGGGCUGCGGUACGCUCACAUGAUUGCUGUGGGUAUGCGCUUCCUGCACGGCCUGCCUGUGCCCAUUGUGCACCGGGAUCUCAAGCCGCUGAACUGCAUCUUCGACUCCGAGCAAGAGAUGCUGAAGGUGGCGGAUUUCGGUGAAUCUCGGCUGCUGCGCACUCGCGACGUAGUGGCCCCGCGGCCGAAUUUCUUCCCGUCAGCUGACGUUACGGUGCAAAUGACGACCAACAUUGGCAGUGCGUGUUGGGCUGCGCCUGAAGUGCUGAAGGACGAAGCCACGUCGGAGUAUUCUGUGAAGAUCGAUGUCUACAGCUUCGGCAUCAUUUGCUGGCAGCUGUACACUUGUGCUGUGCCGUAUGCGAACAUCCCUGGGAGUGUGCUCGCAGUCGCCGAGGCAGUUCUGAGUGGCGUUCGCCCGCGCAUCCCGCGCGACUGCCCUCGAUUGUUCGCUAAAAUUAUGAAGCGCUGCUGGCACGACAACCCGCUGCGCCGUCCGAGCUUCGAAGACAUCGUGCAGCUCCUGGAAAUUGAGCUGGCUGAGGUGCGACGCCGACAACUGGCAAGAGCCCACGGAAGGGGGAAUGACUCGGUUAUCGCACCGCCGGUUCUUGACAGUAGCAACUUCGAUGACACCGGACGAACACAGGGGACAGACGAAAGCAUAGUGGGCGGCGGCAGAGCGCGUUAA